AUGUGCAGCUCCCAAAUCUGUUGUGAAAACCAGCAGCAAUCCAGCUUAGAGAAGAAAAUGGUGAAGAAAUCAGCAAAGAAAUACAUUUUUGCAACGACAUCUCAAGACCUUCCGAAUUUUAUAUUUGGAACUUGGAGAGGAGAGGAAGGUGCAAGAGAGCAAGGCGCCUUGGGGCUGGCGCUUGAGAAGCUGAGCGACUGGCGCGCAGGAGGGGCUGCUGCGCUGGUUUGGCACAUAGGAGAGGCUUCGACGCUAGUUGGACUCGCAAGAGAGGUUGCUGCUGGGCGCAAGAUAGGCUGCUGCUCUAGCUGGGCGCGCAGGAAUGGCAUUGAUGGAGUGGCGCCCAUGGCACUGGGCGCAGCUGGAGGGGGGUCCAUGGUGUUGGGCACUACUGGAUGGGCAUCUAUGGCGUUGGGCGCAGCUGGAAGGGCGUCUAUGGCGCUGGGCACUUCUGAAGGGGCGACCAUGGCAUUGGGUGCUGGUGGAGGGGCGCAAAUGGCAAUAGACAGGAUGUUCCAUGCGUCGGGUGGUAGCAGUGAGGUGCCUAUGGCGGUAGACACUACUGCGGAAGCACUUAUACCAUAG